CACCAAUCAGACGGCCUUGACUAAUCAAUUAGUAUUCUGAUUUCCAAAGCUCUUAAGCCUCACUAAAGCCCUUCCAUCCUUCUUCCGAUCUAUGGCAAGAACCUCAGUUGCCUAAUCCAUGGCUUCUCCUCCUUCCUCCCCUCCUGUUCCCAAGAAGCUCAAGAUGUCCACAACAAGCACCUCAUCCGCCGAUGAGGCAGAUCCUGCUGCCGUACCACCUACUACCGCCGAACCAAAUCGCCGGCGAUACAAACGCCGCAAGAUCGCAAUUUUCCUCUCCUACUGCGGUGCCGGCUACCAAGGAAUGCAGAAGAAUCCUGGUGCUCGCACCAUCGAGGGCGAGUUUGAAGAAGCUCUCUUCCACGCCGGCGCCGUACCGGAGUCCGACCGCGGAAAUCCGAAACGAUACGAUUGGGCUCGAGCUGCUCGCACCGAUAAGGGCGUUAGUGCUGCCGGUCAGGUCGUCUCCGGCCGUUUCUACAUUGAUCCACCCGGUCUUAUUGAUCGUUUGAACUCACUACUUGCAGAUCAGAUUAGGGUUUUUGGGUUCAAGCGGGUUACGGCUUCCUUUAAUGCGAAAAAGUUUUGUGAUCGUCGUAGGUAUGUUUAUCUUCUACCUGUUUUCGCACUCGAUGCUAAUGCUCAUCCCGAUCGAGAGAGUGUGGUAGCGAGCUUGGGAUCCGAGAAUGAGCUCGCUCGGUGUUUAGAGUGUUCGGAAAGGGGACGAAAGGUGUUUGGCGUGAUGAGAAGUCAAUUGAAAGGUUCGAAAGAAGAGAAAAUAUCUGAGCUUGGUAGAGAUGAAAGUGGACGUCCUGAAGAGAUGGAGACGGAAGGUAAAACAGAAGUUUUGGGGACAGAAAAUGAGCCUGGCGAAGGGAAAGAACUUGAUGCUCUGUCCAAUCUAGAAUCUGCGGAUGUUGGUACAGAACUAGAGAAUGGAGGAGAAGCAAAUGGAACUAAAGAGCAGCCUGUGUCUAAGAACAAGGCUUCGGCAGUAGAGGAAGGUGCAGAAUCUGUUGUUCUAGAUGGUGCCAAUGAAGAAAAAAUAACAAGAACUGCAAGUACUUACAUAUAUGGGGACAUGGAGAGGGAGAGUUUUAAUAGUAUUCUGAAUCGUUAUGUAGGGACACAUAACUUCCAUAAUUUCACAACAAGAACUAAGGCUGAGGACCCCUCAGCUCGGCGGUAUAUCAUUUCUUUUAAUGCUGAUUCGGUUAUCACUAUUGGAGGGAUUGAGUUUAUCAAAUGUGAGGUUGUUGGUCAGAGCUUCAUGCUCCAUCAAAUUCGAAAAAUGAUUGGUCUUGCAGUUGCAUUGAUGAGGAAAUGUGCACCAGAAUCGCUUAUGGACAAAGCUUUGAGACCGGAUGUUAACAUUAAUGUUCCAACUGCACCUGAGGUUGGGUUGUACUUAGAUGAAUGUUUCUUUUCUUCUUAUAACAAGAAGUGGAAGGACUCGCAUGAGGCUCUUACCAUGGAAGCUUAUGCAGAGGAGGUUGAGGAAUUCAAAUUGAAACACAUAUACUCUCAUAUAGCAUCUAUGGAGUACAAAGAAGGAGCUGUUGCACUAUGGCUUCAUUCUUUGAACCAUCGUAACUAUCCUGAUUUUAGAAUGGAAGAGCUUAAAAAGGAAAAUGCCACUGUAGAGACUGAAGUUGAUGAUCUAGUCACUUGAACUAUUUCUAGAAUUUCUUAUCACGAUGAUUUAAUGCAGUUAGCGUGGCCGACAACUCCGAACAAACUGUGUGAUCCCCAAUAGCUUUUCUCAACUGAGAUGAGUGGAAAACUGAAUGUCUGAUAGAGAUGGGGGUAACAUCACGAUAAGCUACUGCUCCAAUCUUCUCCGAUAUCGCAUAAGGGCCAAAAUGUUUCCUUGUAAAUCCAAAUAAACAAGGAAUAUACUUUUCAAUUGUUAUGUUAUUAUUUUGGCAAUUGUCAUAUUGUCAUGGUAAAGGCUGUUUUUUUUAUCUGAUAACUUUAUUAAUAUGGUAUGCCAAAGCUUUUCGUUUGGAAAAGCCUCGGAGCUUUACUUGUAUUGCAAAUCAUCAUUUGAAUGUUUAAAUGACUGAAGUAGGAUCUAUAAAUGGGUUUUGGAGGCAUA